GCCGGCGCGCGUCAGUCGGUCGGGGCCCUGGGUUGUCGCUGCCGCGGGUGCUGGGCCCGCGCAGGUGCUCAGGUGGCCGUGCGUCCCCUCGGCGCGUCCGCGUCCUCCCCGACCCCGACCCGCGCUUCGGCCCGUCGGCCGCAGCGCCUACCCUCCGGUGCCAUGUCGCAGAGCGGGACCCCCGGACUGCAGGAGGAGAACCUGCAGGGCUCUUGGGUCGAGCUGCACUUCAGCCACGGCUCGAACGGGAGCGGUGUCCCUGCCUCGGUCUCUCUCUAUAAUGGUGACCUGGAGAAAAUACUGCUGGACGCCCAGCAUGAAUCUGGACGGAGCAGCUCCAAGAGCUCUCACUGUGACAGCCCGCCUCGCUCACAGACCCCACAGGAUAAUAACAGAGCUUCGGAGGCAGAUUCCCACAGCGUCGGGGAGAAGAACAGUGUCCAGUCCGAGGAAGACUACUUGGAGAGAAGGAAGGAGGUGGAGAGGAUCCUGAAGAAGAACUCGGACUGGAUCUGGGACUGGUCGAGCCGGCCGGAAAAUGUGCCCCCCAAGGAGUUCCUCUUCAGACACCCGAGGCGCGCCACCGCCCUGAGCAUGAGGAACACGAGCGUCAUGAAGAAGGGCGGCAUCUUCUCGGCUGAGUUCCUGAAGGUGUUCCUCCCGUCCCUGCUGCUCUCCCACCUCCUGGCCAUUGGACUGGGGAUCUAUAUUGGAAGGCGCCUGACCACCUCCACCAGUACCUUCUGAGGAAGAACUGGAAUCUGGCAUUUUUCGCCUGCGGGGCUUAGCGGAGCUUGCAGCGCACCUGGCCAGGGAGCUGUCCCGGUCCUGGGGCGGUGCACCGUUUGUGUGUGCUCUGUAAAUGCUGUGUUCCUAACUUAGUAAAAUGAAAGAGAAGACACUAAAAUCAUGCUGAUCUAUACUCAUACCUAUGGGAUCAAUGAAUAAGCAUGCCAUACUGAUUAAUAUCUACUGUAAUAAUUUGGUAGUAAAUUUCCUUUGGAUAUUAAAAUAUCUUAAGUAUAAAUAAUUUUAACAUACUAGUCAUAAUGAAUGUAGUAUUUUAAGAAAAACUGUCUGUAACCUUAAUUCAGAAGCACUUCCUAUUUCAGAAGAAUGAUGCUGACAGUAAAAUGAUCCAUAGGAGGUUGUCCCCAGUACAUGCUGUGGCCUUACAUUCACACCACUGUAGGGCGGACGGUGACGUGGGUGCAGGUCGUCUAGAGACUGUGCUGAACUCUGCCAGUUCUUUGUUACGUGAUACAUGGAACCCACGGCACAAUACGGACUCUGCUGUGCCGCUGAGCCCCGAGUUGCAGGGCAGUGACCUCCGUGCUCCCCGGCAGUCGGGAGCCACCGUGGCCGGGCAGCCCACCCAGGGCGCCCACCGGGCUCACUCCUGCGUCACCUGUCACUCGAGACCGCUGGGUUUCAUCCAUGCUGUGUGCUCACGUUUUGUGUGCUCUUAGAAGCAGCUUCAUUAAACAAAUUGGUAGCUAUUUUGAAAGACUGGAGACAGAAAAAAAUAAAUCUUUGCCAAAUCCUUCA